AUGGCGUAUCAGGGUCCGAGUUCGGGAUCGAGUUCGAGUUCGGGGUUUCAAUUGUUGAAUUCUCCGUUUGGAGAUACCACUUAUACUAAGGUAUUUGUUGGGGGAUUGGCGUGGGAGACGCAGAGCGAAACUAUGCGCCGUUACUUUGAUCAAUUUGGGGAUAUUCUUGAAGCCGUUGUUAUUACUGAUAAGAAUACAGGACGAUCUAAAGGCUAUGGUUUUGUGACUUUCCGUGAUCCAGAAGCUGCUAGGAGAGCCUGUGCUGAUCCAAGUCCUGUUAUUGAUGGUAGAAGGGCUAAUUGUAAUUUGGCUUCGCUUGGUCGUCCGCGGCCUCCUAUCCCUUAUGGGCGGAUAAGACCAGCAUCUCCUUAUGUUGGAAGUUUGCAACCAGCCCGUGGUGCUUAUGUUGGAAGUUAUGGCUACCAGCAACCACUUUCCUAUGGCUAUCAACAAGGAAUGGUUUAUCCUCCUUAUGGGUAUACGGCAUAUGGACCUGAAUACGUCUACCCACAGAGUAUGUACAACCCAUAUGUGGGUCAACAAUACCUUCAGAUAUAUGGCGUGCCGGGUGGGGCGAAUACAGCCAUUUAUCCUUAUGGACAAGUGGGUCAAGCUAUUCCUGGUGGUCAUGGGUAUACAGCAAUGCAGGGUUAUACAGUACCAGCUCAUCAGAUUGUUCCCUAUGGUGGAUCCAAUGUUAAUGCAAUGACAACUUCACCUAUGCCUGCCAUUCAAGCCUCAUAUCCUAGCGGAAUCGGUGCACCCGUUCCAGGCCAACAAUUUAUUGUUUCUCCUCAGUUCAUACAAGGUAGCGGUCCUGACCAAACAGCUGGUUGA